AUGAAAGAUAACCCCAGGCGCUACUCCCCGUCCUCCCCCUUCGAGCCCACGCCCGCGGAGAACCGCACCGACUUCUGCCUCGGCGCGAGCCCCGCACUCGACAGCGAGUCCACGUCCGACGAAGACGAAGGCGUCAUCAGCUGCGGGCUAUCGGACGAGCGCGAGCUCAAGCUGCUCGCCACGGACCCCUUGCGUCCCCCAGGAAAGAGCCGCAUCAUCUCCAGCCGCAGCUUCCCGGGGAACGAUGACGUCGGACCCGACACCGACGCCGGCCUGCCUGCUCCCGGACGCGGGCUCGAGGCGCUCUGGACGGACCUCGGCGUCGACGGCCCGUUGGAGGUGAGCGUGGACAGCGAGGCGUCCGACGCGGACGGGGCUAGCGUCGCGCUCUCUGCCGUGGACGGGCGCCCGGGCUUCUUGAGAGACGAGCGGGGAGGGGGCGGGGGGAGGAGGAUGGGCACCGCGGGGGAGGAACCAAAGGCGGAGGCUGGCAGGGACGAGUGA